AUUAUCAUUCAACUUACAACUUCUGUUGUGUCAACAGCAAAAACUAAAGAAAACAUGUACUCAAAGAUCGUCAUCGUAGCAGCAGCUCUUGCCGUGGCUGCGGCGCGGCCUCAGGGCGGCCACGAGCACGGGCACGCGUACUCCUCGCAGAGCAUCGUGCUGCACCAGAGCCACGGCCACGAGGCGCAGAGCCACGGCCACCAGGCGCAGAGCCACGGCCACCAGGCGCAGAGCCACGGCCAUCAGCAGCCCGCGCACCACGCUCACCAGGAAGAACACCACGCCGACUACUAUGCGGAGCCCCACUACUCCUACGAGUACAAGGUGCAGGACCCGCACACGCACGACAAUAAGUACCACCACGAGACCCGCAAGGGCGACCAGGUGAAGGGCGUCUACAGCCUGCACGAAGCCGACGGCUCCGUGCGCAUCGUCGAGUACACCGCCGACAAACACAAUGGAUUCAACGCCAUCGUGAAGCACGAAGGCCACGUCCAGCACAUCGUCCCCGAGCACCACCACCAUUAAAUAACUACCUCUUUGCUGUGAUACUAGCUG